CUGGUGCAGUGGUAGGAGAGUCGUUACCUAGGCAACGGUAGUGCAGCAAACAUCUAAACGCUUGUGACUGUAAAAGAAAAAACGAAAUAAAGAGAAAGAGAAGAUCUUGCGUUACAAUACCAUUUCGAAGCACAUUUUUGCAAUAUUAUUUAAGGCGGUCUGCGUGGAAAAGGACGAAAAAUGAGGAAGAACUUGGCGGCGGCAUUGCAGACCGACGUGACAACGGACGACGAAUGGGAGAAAAUACUGAAGCUCCCCGGCUUAAUUCUUGUCGACAUCUACUCGGAGUGGAGUGGGCCCUGUACCAGCAUGAUCAGCGUACUCAAGAGGAUCAAGAUUGAAUUAGGAGAUGACAAUUUGAAUUACGCGACGGCCAAGUGCGACAACAUCACGUCGCUCUCUCGUUUUCGUGGCAAAAGCGAGCCCGUGUGGAUGUUCAUACGCGAAGGUAAAAUGAUUAAUUUUAUGUUCGGAGCCAAUUGCCCGAAACUCGUGGAGCUACUGACUAAGGAGAUAAAGAGACUGCAUACUAAUCAUCCGCCAGAAUACUCGCUGCCCGUGAACGAACUCUGUCCCAAGGAAAUAGAGAGAGUGAAAAUUUACGAGGAGGCUCGAGCGAUCGAAGAGGCCGAACGAUGUAUUCGUGAAGAGGCGAUUAAUAGAAGGAAAUACGAGGCGGAGCUGCAGCACUUGAUCGACUCGCUGUGCUACGAGUCUUGCGUCAUCCUAUUCCCAUGGGCUUUGAAAGACGAGGAGGGAAAGAUCAUCGACAACGACGCCAGUCCAGUAUUCGCCGAGCUCAUUCAUAAAUUAUCGGGGCUUUACAGAAUCGAGCAAACGGUCCAAGUAACGUUUGACGAAGAAAGCUGCGAUUACUUGAUUAAGGAAAGCGAAUUCGAAAUUACGGAAUUGACAAAAAAACUGCUAUUGGAUGGCACCUGUGUAUGCUUACGUUUGAAAAUUAAUAAUAAAUCGUCGAAUAAGGACAUAGACACUGAUCUGAUGGAUAUCCUGUUUGGAGAACCGGUAAUACCACCAACGAUCGACGAACUCGCCGAAGGAUGCUUCGUAGAACGUAAUUUGCCUUCGUUAUCCAAUUUGACGAGAGACUCGGCAAGCAUGAUGUCGAGCGACGAUAAACAAUUGACUUUAACAACAAUUUGGAUUCCAUUCAAUGCAAGAAACAGAGCCGUUGUAUUUCGUGCCCUUUUCCCGAAAUACAUCGAAUCAACAUAUCCAUACAUCGAUCCUACGUAUGUAAUCCCAAAAACCUUGUUUAAAUACGACAGUCCAAGGCGAAAGGAAUUGCAGGUGGUAUUAGAAACGUAUAAAAGUGAAGUUUUGCAUUUUGGAGUUUUUAAGCAGGACAGGCUACCUAAGCCGAAGCUAAUUGCAGUGAGCAUCGAACAAUUUGACAAUGAAGUUAAAGAGAAAACGAGUUACGAAGUCUUCAUCUGCGUUAUUCAAAAGCUUAAUAACGAAGCUUUUUUAUCGUUUGCUGGAAUAGGACCCUAUCACGUAAGUGAAAAUGAGGAGAAAGCUGAGGAAGAGAUGGUGCAAUAUUUUCCCAAUGCCAAUAAAAAUUAAAAUUCAAAACAAAGGGAA